UAGUAACAGGCAUCUCUUUCUUUCGACAGCCACUAAAAUGGCCGAAUUUCAUUGUGGUACGACGGACGUCUUGGAAAAUAUGUAUUAUGUCGUGUGUUAACCGCAGUAAAUAAACAAUAUUGUGCAAGUGGCGUGACCCCUACAGUGCUCAGUGCUAGUGCAUGUUGUGUUCGUCCAAGUGUUUACGUCGUGGAAUCACAUUUAUCUAAAAAGGUGUUUUGUGUGUGUUUGUGUGCCUUGUUUUCACCAAUAACUUCAUUCUGACAUCUGUUUUGGAUUUAUGUACACUUGAACACGGUGAUGCUGGGCGGGGCGGGGUCGCCGGGCGGCGACGACCUUCUCACCGUCACAGUCGUGCGCGACGAGCACGGGUAUGGGAUGAAGGUGUCCGGUGACAACCCCGUAUACGUGCAAUCGGUGAAGGAGCACGGGGCGGCGUGGCGCGCGGGCCUGCGCGCCGGCGACCGCAUCCUGCGCGUCGACUCGGUGCCGGUGCACCACCACACGCACCAGCAGGUCGUGCACAUGAUACGAGCGAACCCAACGACAGUGCUCACCGUGCAGCAGAACGCUUCGAGGCACAAAACGCCGAUCACAGCACCCGUACCUGUUAAUCCGGAGAAGCAGCGCCAGUUGGAAGUGUCGAAGGUGCAUACGAUGAAGCUGAUGCUGGAGCAGGAGCAGAAGUACAUCAGGGAGUUGAGGAACGAGCUAACCAAAGUGCCAGACGUGAGGAAACAGGCCCAGCUCGAGGCGGCCGAGCAGCGGUGCUCGGUGCUGCAGCACGAGAUAGACAACAUUACCGCGGGACAGCCGGGGGAGCUGCCCCAACCGCCGUCGACACCGCGCCUGCGCAAUAAAACCGUCGUAGAGAAGACCUCCACGCCCGUGUCCAACACCGGCUUCCUGAGCGGACUCCCGCGGUCCCUCAGCAACCUCACUGGACAGAGUCUCCGAAACCUCAGACAAGCGAGACAGAACAGCAAGAAUCAGCAGGAGAACCAGCCGCCGCUAGUCCGGCAAAACUCGGACGAAACUGACCAUAAAAGGAGACAUGUACAUAAUAACACAGUGCCGAUAGUGCCUACUACGUGUUUGGACAAUGUGACCCCUCCGCCCCUACCUCCCCGAUCUAUAGAGAGGCCCAAACGGAGCUCGCUGAGUCCGACCGUUACGCCGGUCAAUCCGCUAGCGAAACCGAAGCCGUGCAAUUCGGCCAGUCCGGCGCACAAACAGUACUACAAGGGACGUUACUAUCCGGACAAACCGUUCCAAAUGCACCAGUCAAUGCCGGCGUACAAGGAUGAUAACACGAAGCAGUUCAGGAGGUCGUCUCACUCGUUGGACGGCGAGUUGGAAGGGCCGCAACCGAAUUCGAUAGCGUUACAAAUGAGCUACCCGCUCGUGAACGUACCGCCGCCGCCUUUGCAGACGGACAACAGAAACAAUGUGCCCGUGUUGCACGUGAGGAGCAGGUCCUCACCGGAGCAGCUUGACUGCGACUUGACUAGAUUUGCGGGCGGUCCGUGCGCCCCCGGCCCCCCCCGCGCGGGCGGCGCGGCGUGUGCGCCGAGCGCCACGGGCGCGGAGUGCGCGAGCGACACGCCGCCGCCCGGCACGCCGCCGCCGCCCUACCACACCAACACACAGCCGUGUGCCGACCCACAGAGAGCCAUUAUAUCAAUGGAGGAAGACGACGCUCCUGCGCCUGACUCGGCGAGCUACUCCGGCCUGUUCUCCAACCUGCGCUGCGUGCGCGAGUCCAACGCGAGAAUGGCCGUGCUGCUCAACUGGUUACUGGGGAGAGGUAGAUGCGCACACGCGGGGCUGGUGCUGGUGCUGACGGAGGGGUUCCGCUGCGCCGCCGCGCCCGCCGCCACGCUGCGCCGCUGGGCCUACGAGAUACACUCCACCUUCCUCAUGCCGCACGCGGUGUUACAGUUGAACGGUGUCGACGAAAACAUGGCCAAUGAGAUUGAACAUGUUUUAGUCAACGAAUACGACAAAGAAGAGAUAGUGCGCAACGUGUUCCGCAAGGCGCGGCAGAAGGCGAAGGACGAGUUGAGCCAGCAGCUGUCGGAGUUCCAGGUGAAGCGGCAGCUCGGGCUCGCCUCGCUGUACUCGCCCGACGACGCCGUGCUCCUCAAGUGCGACGUGGAUAAGGCGCAGGAGCAAGUGGUGGUGGAGCAGGUGAUGGGGUCGGUGCUGCGCGGCGCGGCGGGGGGCGCGGGUGCGGGGGGCGGUGCUGGGGGCGCGGGGGGCGCGGGCGAGGCGCGCGCGGCGCUGCUGGCGGCGCUCAUCGCCGCCGCGCUGUGUCUGCAGUGCAGGCCGGCGACGGUGGCGGCGGCGGUGGGCGGCACGCGGGCGUCGUUCCUGCAGCGCGACAAGCUCUACAAGCAGAGGACGAAGCAGAUCAUGAAGCAGCAUCCGCAACCUUUCGUGGUACGUGGCCACCACCUUCAGCUGCAAGCGUUGACGUCGGUGGGCCACUGCCACCACUGCGACAACGUCAUAUGGGGACUGGCGCCGCAGGCUUUCGUCUGUACAGACUGCAAGCUGCGCGUGCAUCGGCACUGCGCCAAGUUCGUGGAGGAGAGCUGCUGCCUCGACGGCGAGCAUCACAACAACAGGAUCUCGCGGUUCAUGGAGAGGAUACACCAUAACAACCAGCCUAAUAGUCAAGACUCGACUGACAAGAAGCUGCGGAAGGCGUCGGGCACCGCGCACUUUCUUAACAUGGAAAGAAGUUUUCGCAAGAUGGAGGACGACAUCCCUUGGGAGGCUACGAUGACGCCAAACGCCGCGCAAGGUAAGCAUAGAUUGUAAAAAAAACUUAAUCGUAAUCCGUUCAUCUGUUUGGGAGUUAUGAUACUAUAUACAGACCAUAUACAUAUCGUAAAGCCGCUUCUUUCGUCUGAGGAUUUAAAAAACAAAACACACCUACGUAUGAAUUUAUCGAUUUUUCUACUACUUUCAGA